AUGUUUGCAAUCAAGCGGCCCCCCGAGACGAGCUAUUUGAUCGUCAAACGCAAAAGUCAAGAGCAAAAAAUCGCCUCUCACUCGCUGUUUUUUAUCCGUCAGCCGGAUCAAAUUCCUAGAUAUCAGCAGCAUCCGCUUUUUUUGCCUAUCUAAGAGCUCAGUUUCACCCAAUCGAUCGUUUUCUCCCGUUUUUUUGAAUCUCCUUUUUCUUAUUUUCAAUUAGUAUUUAUUCCAUCAUGCAAAAUGUUAGGCUUUUUCCUGAAAAUUGAGUGAAAUGAAGUUGUCUUCUUUAAAAUAAAAGCUAACCCUAUUUUUCUUAAGACCAUUCAGCUCCCUAAGCGUGAUUUGAAUGGUGAAUAUCUGUUUUAAAUAGCAUUUUCACGAUUUAUUCAGUUUUCGAAAUACAUGCAUUUAUCUCAAGAGAACGAAUAAAAAAGAAACAAAACCUCCGUUUUAGCAGAGAAAAAAGCGAUAUAAGCCAUAUUUUUCUGCAUGAAAAAAAAAGAAAAUGGAAAACUUUAGCGAAAACCGGAGUCGUGCAUAUUUUCAGAAAAAAGAAAAAGAUGAUUGAAAAACAAUUAGUUUACUUUUUUGAUUUUGAAAAGAAUACUCACUGAAAACAUAUAGCUAGAUAUCAUUAAAACUGGUAAAGAGAAGAAAAAACAAAAAAAGAAGAAUGUUAAAUCGCGAGCGGGAGCUGAAACUAAUGAGCACUGAAGGGAUUAUUAACUGGAUUAGUGCGAUAGAGCACACCGAACGAUAUUUUUUUUCUCUUUCCUUUUUUUUAAUUUCUAUGUUCAGUUGUACCAAAACAAGGUUUUCCCUAUAAUGAUUUCAAGAAUAAUAUGAGUAAAAUAAGACGGAAAAUGAUAAUUGACUGAAAGAUUCGACUUGAAAAAAAAAACUUUUUUAUGCCUUUUAUUCAUUUUUUUUUCUUUUCUUCAGUAAAUUUUCACUGCUUAGCGUUGUAAACUUCACUCUGAAAUUAUUUCAAUUCAAUUUUUUUCCAGCGAACGACUCCCCCAAGAACAGAAGACGACGUUUCUCGCUCGACGGACGGCUUUUUUCCCCAGGUUGGUCAUUUUUUAGUUUUUAUUUAUAUUAUUGCUGUUUUUUCUCUUUUUCUUUUCUUAUUGAUCCUUUUUAAUUUCUUUUUCAGCUUUUUUGAGGGUCCUUAAAAUGAAUUUUCCGUUUUGCCUAUGUAUAGACCAGCCCAUUUAUUAAUACGAAAAAAACUUUCAAAGUUUGUUAAUUUUUUUCUAUGUUGGAGCUCCUCUCAAUCUCAUACAUUCCCACACAAAUUUCAACUAUUUCAAUUAUUUUUUGAUAAGUCUUUUCAUCUUUUUCUAGAACCUUCUACACAGUUCUCGCCUGUAUUACGUCAAAAAAGUCCUAUUUGUAUCCUUGGGCUUCUAGAAAAUUCCACAUUAUUCCAAAAUAUUCUAUAUCCUUCUAGAAACUUCCAAGUACUUCUGGACACUUUUCAAAACCUUCAAAAUUUUCUACCUUCUAAAGUCCAUCCAUAAAGUCGGACGAGCCGAGGCGGCGGCGCAACGUCGCGCGCGAUGUCGCGUUGUCUUCUAAACUUGCCAGAACGCUCUUUGUACGCUUUAGGAACGGCAAAAACUUUGGAAAAAGAAAUAUUUAAAACAGUAUGAAGCAAAACUGUAGUAAAACUCUGAAAUAGCGCAAAAUAAUGUCCUAAAAAUCGUAUUUAACUGAAUUUUUUAUACAAAAAAAGCCUUUUAACGACGUUAUUUUCACGGAAUGGUCGUUGAGAAACAAGUUUUUGAAUCCAGGGGGGAAUUUUGCGUAGGAAAAAGCUUGAAAUAACAUGAAAAAGGAAUUUUUUUCUUUUUUCAAAAAUUGCUUUUUGGCCUAUUUUUGGGUCUAACAAGUGAUAUAACUUUGUUCGUUCUGUGAAUUUUUCAGAUUAGAGUUUUUAUUUUUUUGAAUUUCGUGGAAAAUUCUGAACUAGAAACUGCUCUACAAAAAAAGAACUGAAAAAAAGUCAAAAAAAUCUUAGUUUUGGAGAAAUGGCUAGUGAAUCAGUCCACUAGGAGGUUGAAAAAAAUGAUCAAAUUCCAUUGGUUUUUUUGGAUUUUUCUAUUAAAGUUUACACUUUUUCACGCAUUCAUUUCCCUUUCGGGAGAACGAGGGGAACUUUUACCAUCAUGGAGGAAGUUCUGAACUUUAUUUUUUGGGGGUCUGCUUACGUUUUGGCCAGACCUUCGCUGAUCCCUAGUCAGGAACUUCCCUCACGAGAUCCCGUGUCAACCAUUUUUCACCCCUAAAGUUGUGAUAGUCUAAUCAGGGCGGCGCUGGACGUUUCCGUCGUCGUAAUCUCACACAGCUCUUCGUCGGGCUUGACGAAGAGCUCCGUCGGCCAAACGCCACCUGACGCCGUUGCGUUUCUUUCCGUCAAGCGAUACUCAUCGAUUCCGUUCCCAACCUUUUUGCGUGUAGCUUGA